AUGGCAGAACCCGAAGGAAAGGGUUGCAGCGACGGCCACCAGACCAAGGAGGGCAAUAGCGAAAACACUGACUUCCCUGAGGAGGCCGUCAGACAACUCGCGCCGGACGCUAGCCCUAUAACCCCAGCAGUAUCCUCGGAUAUGGAUCAGCCGCCUAGUCUGAUCAUUCCACCCGCCCUACACCAAUAUUUUGAUGAACUUACUAAAAAGCACGAGUCUUCAAAAGACAAGGCUCAAUCCCCUACACCAUCCGCCAAGUCUAGGGACAUUACUUCUGUGGAGGAUAGCACAGUGGAAAAAGACGUACUCAUCUCAGAUGAAGGCAAGACCGCGUCAGCUGCAACAGACAUUCAGUCACACAGCGAUCAAGUCAAGCCUUCAGCCGGUGCCUCGUCCAGCACAUCGAAUCAUGGUGCGAAACCCCGCAAAUCUCAACCCACUCGUCCUGUGCGUUUCCCCAAGAUAAACGUGGCGGAUUGGGGACCUCCGCCAACACCCCCUCCGAACAAGCCAUUGCCGCCCCUGCCAAGCCGACCACCAAACCGCCGCUUCAUGGCCUCUCCUUCGACUCCUUUACCAACUUUCCCACACAUAGGAAGGCCAAUGGCAGCUGUAGCACAAGCCUCAUCCGUAUCUCCAGUCAUACCAGAACAGGCACUCGUCAAGUCGCUGUCCGAGGCACCCCUCCGACAGCCCUCGCCUCGCAACCAGACUCAAAUUACGGACUUCUUCCAGAGUGCAGGAGAGGUGAGAGGAAAGAGACACAGAGUUGAUGCCAGGGUCAUCAACAGGACAGAAUUUCAAGGUCCCAGUCCAUCAUCCAUAGUGCAAGACCUGCAGAGGAGGAACAACAAGCUGGAGGAUGCUGCCAGGGCCCAGGUCAAGGAACUAACUGGCGGCGGACAAACUAUCCAAAGUCUCGCAACCCCAGUUCAGGUUCAGACCAACAAAAGUUCCGAAGACGAAGACGAGGAGGAAGAGGACUCUAUCAUGGUUGUUCGUGUUGAGGACUUUACAUACCGACCUUCAACUAUUAAUCCAGCCAAGACACAACCGCCAAUUUCGACCCUCGGGGGAGGCAUAUACAGUAACCCACAGCCAUUCAGAAACAUGGCAAUGGUCAAUGCUUAUUCAGCGUACGAUCAAAAGCCCCAAAAUGGUCAUCAAGAGAUCACGCCAAAGUCGCGAAUCCCGAUCAGAGUGACACCAACGCCGUCAUUUGGGCCACCAGAAGCGAAAUGCAGUCUGCCAGGUCUUGUUGAGAAGCAGAGUAUCAGCCAGAUGCGUAACGUAUUGCCUGCGCCUUCGCUGUACCAAACAUCAAAUUCACAGAAUAUUGCGCCUGAGUUAGCAGAGAUUCCAAGAUUCCUAGCAGAAUCGACUGGUCACAUCAUGCCAGGCAACCCCUCAAUCUCCUCUGAGAAGACUCAGAAGGCCACAGGCCGUUCAGGUUUCGUUGCCAAAGAGCCUACCGAUUUCCCAGCCUAG